AUGAUUGAAGACGAAGAGGGAUCUAGUCCCCAACAAUUGUUAGACAUUAAUAACAAGUCUUCUAUCAGUGAUGUUUUCAUUGUUGGGUUCAGAAUUCCCCUUAACUACAGACUUUUUCUCUUCAACAUGUUCCUCAUUAUCUACAUCCUGACUUUGUCAUGCAAUCUCUUGAUCAUCUUGUUGAUGUUCUUCUCCAAACUUUCUCAUUCCCCUAUGUAUGUGCUCCUCUCCAACCUGUCCCUGUCGGAGAUCUUGUUUACCAGUAACAUUGCUCCCCCCAUGCUCCAUGUAAUAAGUAGAGAUGGUGCAAUGUUCUCUCUUGUUGGAUGUUUCAUUCAGUUUUAUUUAUUUGGGUCAUUGGGUGCGCUGGAAAGUUUCCUCCUCUCGGCAAUGUCCUAUGAUAGAUUUCUUGCUAUCUGCAAACCUCUUAAUUACAGUUUAAUUAUUAAUCCCAGGACGUGUUUAUCUCUGAUUCUUGUCUCUUGGAUGUCGGCAUUCUUGAUCAUGUCCAUCUUUUUAAGUUUUUUGAAAACCUUGAAUUUUUGCAGCACAAAUAUUAUUGAUCAUUUCUUCUGUGACUUCGUUCCUUUAUUGAAGUUGUCUUGUUCUGACACUUCUACCGUUCAAAUCGUUGUGUCUUUGCUUUCAUCUACGGCCACUGUGUUCCCAUUUCUCCUAAUCAUAGCUACUUAUGGGUUCAUCAUCAAAGCCAUUACUGGGAUUUCUUCGGCGAAGGGGAAAAAGAAAGCCUUCUCCACCUGCAGUUCCCAUCUUGGCGUGGUUUCCAUCUACUAUGCUACCUUGAUUAUGGUCUACGAGAUCCCGUCUGGACAUUCAUUGGUGGUAAACAAAGUUCUAUCACUUCUCUAUACAGUUCUCACCCCACUAUUGAAUCCCUUCAUUUAUACCUUGAGGAACCAAGAGAUCAAGACAGCAAUAACUCAAAUAUGGACAUCCAAAAGGAGAGUUUACAUUUUCAAAAGAAAAUUGGGUUGUUGUCAUAAAGUAAAGGAAUUUAAAAAAAAAAAAAAAUAA